AAGAGUCUGACACAAAGACAGAGAGAGAGUGGGACUUCUUUUUUAAACCAGGAUCCCAGGAUUCCAGAAUUUCUUCCUUUCCCCCCCGGUGCCCACCACGCUACCUAAACCAGGUACAUACCCCUCAAGAGGCAAAUCGCAGACCGCGAGCGAUCCUCUGGAGUCUGGAUACUAGGUAGUAAUCAAUUUACGGAAGGCCGAACCCUUUUUUCGUGGUUCCAAGGUUACCCGCUAGACUCCAUCAGGACGAGGAGGAACGAGAAGCCUGUAACGUAAUACCACCCAUUUAAAUAACAACGAGACACCGGCCAUGAUAAGAACUUCUGUUCUGGUUGAUACAUGUUAUGUUGUUGUUUUCCGAUCGUGAACAGCACGCGCCGUCUCGCUUCCUUCACACAAUUUCCCUUGGAGUCGGUCGGUCCUAGCCGGUCUUCUUCCUCUGUGUACCGACAAAGGAAAAAACGCACCUACUUAAGACACUUACAAGGGUAGCUAUCAUCGCCUAGCUCCUCUGUGCGUGUCGGUAUAAUCUGUAGGAAAUACAAGGCUUUGCUUUGGAAGGAAGAAAAAGACGAAGGAAAAUUGAGGCCAAACAUUCGUCAGACGCUAAAGAAAGGAAAUGGGUCACGACAACGAAGACGCAGCCAACAUGGCGGAUAAGGAGAAUGGGCAGAAAGAGUUUGAUCGCACCGUCUCCCACGAGGCUGGGGAUGUGAACGGCAGCCAUCAGCUCGAGCGAGGACUCAAGAGUCGGCAUAUCCAAUUCCUUGCUCUCGGAGGCGCUAUUGGAACCGGCCUAUUCAUCGGCUCGGGCCAGAUUUUAGCUACCACCGGGCCGGCGCCGCUAUUCAUGGCCUACCUGUCUCUAAUGGCUAUAGUCUGGGUCAUUAUGAACGACCUGGCCGAAAUGGUCACGUUUUUGCCCAUGAAGGGCAUUUCCAUCCCGUAUUUUGUUGGGCGUUUUGUAGAGCCUAGUCUCGCGUUUGCUACGGGAUGGAAUUACUGGUACGCCUACGCGAUGCUUCUCGCCGCCGAGUGCACCGCCGGUGCUAUAAUCCUGCAGUACUGGACCCAUGCCGUCCCCGUCGCCGUCUGGAUCGCGAUCCAGCUCAUCGUCGUGCUGCUCCUUAACAUCGUUGCCGUGUCCUUCUUCGGCGAGGCCGAGUUCUGGUUUGCCAGCAUCAAGCUCAUAACCAUCAUGGGCCUCAUCAUCCUCGGCAUCGUCCUAUUCUUCGGCGGCGGCCCCAACCACGACCCGCUGUACUUCUCGUACUGGAACGAGCCUGGAGCCUUCGUGCCAUACCUGGUCGGCGGCAACACCGGCCGCUUCCUCGCAUAUUGGACGGCCUUCGUCCGCGCCGGCUUCUCCUUCGUAACGUCGCCCGAGCUCAUCGCGCUAUCCGCAGGCGAGACCGUGGCACCGCGCCGUAACAUCCCCAAGGCCGCGCGCCGCUUCGUCUGGCGUCUUGCGCUUUUCUACGGGCUCGGCUCCCUCGUCAUCGGCGUCAUAGUUCCCAACGACGAUAACCAGCUGCUCACCGGCGACUCCAACGCCUCCGCCAGCCCCUACGUCAUCGGCAUCGCGCGCGCGGGAAUCAAGGGCCUCAACCACGUCAUCAACGCCGCCGUGCUGACAUCCGCCUGGUCCGCCGGAAACGCCUUCUGCUACUCGGGCUCGCGCGUGCUGUACUCGAUGGCGGUGAACGGGCAGGCGCCAAAGCUGUUCGCGCGAACGACGCGGCGCGGCGUGCCGUGGGUCGCCGUCGUGUUCACCCUACUCAUCGGGUGCCUCUCCUUCCUCAACGUGUCCAACUCGGGCGCGCUCGUCUUCCAGUGGUUCACCAACAUCUCCACCAUCUCGGGCUUCAUCGCCUGGAUCGUCAUCAUGAUCACCUACCUCCGCUUCCGCAAGGCCAUGGCCCACCACGGCCUCCUCGACUCCCUCCCCUUCCGCAGCCCCUGCCAGCCCUACGCCACCUACGUCGUCCUGUUUCUUCUCGUCCUCCUCACCCUCACCAACGGGUUCCAGGUCUUCUUCCCGUCGCAGUGGUCCGUCUCGGGGUUCCUCGCGGCGUAUAUCACGAUUCCGAUCUUUCUCGCGCUGUAUGUCGUGCAUAAGAUCGUGUGCAGGACGCCGUUUGCGAUCAGGACGGAGAUGGUGGACGCGUGGAGCGGAAAGAAGGAGAUGGACGAUAUGUGUGCGGCGGACGAGGAGCCGGUGCCGAGGAAUUGGGUGCAGAGGGUGUGGUUUUGGCUUGCCUGAUUUGGAUGUUUCUGGAUUUUGGAUUUUGGAUUUGGACUGGCAUGGCAAGGGAUUGGAUCAGAUGAAAUAGAUGUACCUACAUAUAUAUGAAUGUGCACAUGCGGGAAAAGAUCAUGAUCAUUUUCAAUGUUGUUUUUCUCGGCAGUGAAUACCUAAGUACCUAGAUACCCAGUAGACAGUAAGUAUUAAAGCUUCGCUGAAUUGAGGGUUCUCUGAUAUAUUUAAAAUUAAAUUCCCUACUGUUCUACCUGUAGCUCGCCCAGUU